AUGUCCGUUAUGCAAUUGUCUGCGACUGGGCGUAUUGCCUGCGGUGGAUCUUUUAUUGAUAUGUACGGCGGUCGACCAGCAGCUAAUAUUGAAGCCGUACAUCCAACAGGAGCCCCAUCACCAGCACCACUCUCAUCAUGGAGUCAGUUCCCAACAGUCAAGAGAAUACGGAACGACUCUGAACAGCAACACACAGAUGCGAAAAUGCAUGCAGCGGGAGAACAUGUGGCUAUUUCUUUUUAUCAUCAUACCUCGUCUGUUUCCUCGCAGGAAAUGUUCUUUGCAGUGGGUCUCUUUCGCUGUGAUACUUGGGCACUGCAGUGGGCUGUUCGCGCAGACUCCAUAACGGCUGGAAAGCGUGUGUGUGAGGUGUGCUGCCUAAGUGCACACACAGUUGCGUUCCUUGUGGGAGGAGAGGGAGGAAAAAAUGGCAAAAACAGUAAAAAAGAACUUUACAUCGCCACAAAGGCAGAUGUUCCUCGUACCACAAAGCGGGAAAACCGACAGUGGCGUUCUUUUCUCGCAGAUGCUCGUCUUGUUGUAACUGGAUUUGAAAGUGAGGAUCUAUGCAGUAUACAAGCUUUGUCGGCAACAAGAUUCCUACUGGUUACUGGUACAGGACGCCUUGUUCGCAUUACGGUAUCCAUUACUCCUGAGGUGGAGGUGAAAUCAACGGAGGUGACAUUACUCUCAUUAAACAAUACCACAGUGGAAUCUCGCAAAAAUGUUUCCUUCAGAAUGGCAGUCUCAAGUGCAGUGGGGAAUAGUUCUGAAGAAUUAACAUAUGUGGCCGUGUUUACUCCUGGUGGACGUGCCUGUCAUGUGUUGGGACUUAUAGCCGCAAAGAAAGAAACUGUAAGUAAGCCACAUAUCAUUUCUAUUCCAAAGGGUACAACGAUAGAGCGAGUGGAGUUUGCUGGACCACAUAUUCUUUUGGUUACACUUCUCUAUACUGAUACCAAGACAUUUGGGUUUCACUUUACUUGCCUGGUACCACCAGAGUCCCCAUCUGAGACCUCCUUCUCAUGUGUUUCCUUUGAUGCUAUCCAUAUGACUGCCCACCGUGUGCCUGUAAUGACAAUGUUCAACCCAGAAAAGGAAAUGCAUAUUGUGGUGACUGACCGUCGUCAUUAUGGUGAAGGCCACACCAGUAAAGAUAGCAACAAGAGUAAUAAUAAACAUGAUAAAAAAGAAGGUUCAUGGUGGACACACUUGGAGUACACGGAGUUGCCACUGCAGGAGGGACCCUACACAAGAGAAGUUUUGCAAUCCGCAACAUGGCAUUCACUUCCUGAACCAUUUCAUACCCGUAUUCCCACAUUGGGUGGAAAAGGGGGAAAUAACAGAGAAGUGGAAGACGACGAUAAGGAGGAAGACAGUGAAGAUGCCGCUGCAGAUUAUCAACAGGAAUUGGCAAUGUUAAAUCAACGUGGAUCAAGUGGACUCUGGGAACAGGUUCGACUACACUAUCCAUUGGCAGCAAAGACUUCUUUUUCUUCUUCUUCUGAUGCCUCAGAGAAGUCAGUCCCAACAGAAGAAGGUAAUCGUGAUGUAUCUAUUACAGUACUUGCAAUUGAGACAGCCCCAUUUGUGCAUACACGUUUAGUAAAACAAUGGCACAAUGCAGCACGUGGACUGCGGAUUUUACUGGACGGUCAAUCUAACAAUUCUACAGUGGGAGGACUUCCAUCUUUUGCCAUUGCGUGGAAUCCACAACACAUGCGUCGAUCAUUACGUCUCUUUACUCAAGAUGGACUCCGUCUUUUAUUUACCAAAAUGGCUCUUACCCUUCGUGGUUCUACAGAAGAAGAAAACGCGGCAACCCUAUUCUACGGAGUAGCUGCUACUGCUGUUACUGAUAUGGCACUUCAAAUCAUUACGCUCUCUCGUCAGGUUGGGGCACAAUUACGACAGGAAGAUGUAGAAGUGGUGGUAGAGUUACUACGAGCCUCACGUGCGGCAGGACACUUAAUCGUUAACUCCACUUCUCGCAGUAAGUUAUUACUUGAAAGUGCUGUGAGAAGUCGUUUGGCCAAUCAUGUUUUAACUGUGGAAAAGAAGCGAAACCAUGGUUCUAGUGAUGAGAAUGGAAAUGAAGAAAAAGAAGAAGAAGAAGAGGAAGAAGGGGGGACAACUUUCUAUAAUCUGCCUAAUGAACUGCGAGUGGAGCGGGCUCUGCAUGUCCGAUAUGCUCCUAAUGCAUGGACACAACAACUCCGUGUAAAGAGUAGUGAUCAUGCUGCAGCAGUGGCAGGUGCCAUUCAACAUUUAAAGACUAUUGCCCCAUUACUUCAACAACAACAAGAACAACAGGAAGAAGGAGAAAAAGAAGAUUCAUCUUUACAUAAUGGGAAGAAAGGAAAUAUUGCAUUGUUGCCGGAUUGGGUAAUGUUGGGUCAAAGAGCACAUCCUGACAGCGCCUUCACAGAGUAUGAGUCUGUGUUGUUCCACACCUCCAAACUUUCCUAG